AGCUGCUUGCGGACUAACCUCAUUCUCCGCAAAUCGUUUUCGAACGGUGCAUUUGUAGAGUCAGCAAUCGUUCAGUGACUUUGUUUUUAUUUCGCUCUUAGCGGCUGUUUUUUAAAUUGCGACUAAAACUUUUUUAUUUUUUUUUUAAAUGACGAAAUGGAAGUAUCAAACAAUAACUUUACAAUGAAUGUGAAUGAGAUUAAUUUAUCUCUGAAUGGUUGUGGAUAUUUGGGAAUUUAUCAUGUCGGAGUGUGCAGUUGCAUCAAAAAAUAUUGUCCUCAAAUUCUAAAAAAUAAAAUAUCCGGCGGAUCCGUGGGUGCUUUAGUUGCUUGUGCUUUUCUAUGUGAUGUGCCUUUGGAUGUGUGUGCAAGAUACGUGUUCGAUGUUUCCAUGAAAGUUCGAAAUGGUAUUCUAGGUCCAAUGUCACCUGAUUUGAAUAUCAUGGGUGUUCUUUAUGAAAGCAUGAAUGCAAUGCUUCCUCCUGAUGCCCAUAGUAUUUGCGAUGGGAAAUUACAUGCGUCUGCAACCCAUUUCGAUUCUGGUAAAAAUGUUCUUUUAAACAGUUUCAGCAGCAGAGAUGAGCUACUAAGGUCAUUAAUGUGUAGCUGUUUUAUUCCUCUCUAUUGUGGUUAUGAACCCCCCUGCAUAGAUGGUGAGAGAUACGUAGAUGCGGCUUUAAGCAACAAUUCACCUUGGCUGAAUAAAUAUACCGUGACUGUGGCACCUUUCUCUGGAAAUUCUGAUAUAUGUCCAGAAAACGAUGGAAUGUUCCUAAAAGCUUUUACUUUAUCUAAUACAAGUAUUGGUCUGUCUCCUAAAAACAUGUACAUGCUGUUCCGAGUCCUUUUCCCUGCAGCUCCCGAGAUUCAGAAAGAGAUAUGCCAGCAAGGUUUUGAUGAUGCCCUACGAUUCUUAAGAGAUAAUGGUUUAGUACCUUGUCCUGAUUGCCAAGGUAGCGGAAAACCAGAUCACUUAAGCUGUAAACCUCCGAAAGAUACAGUUCAGCCUGAAAUCACGAAUGAAAUUGAGCGAGCUAUUGUGGAAUUUAACAAGGAUUUUGGAUACAGACUUCUGCAGUAUCGUUCGAUGAAAAUAUUGUACUACUUUAACAUGCCCUCCAUUAUUACGGCAAAAGUUGCAUAUAUUGCCAUUUCAAUGAUUUUGCAAAAAGUUCAAAAGAGAGCUGGUUUGGAUGACAGAUGGAAGACUUUCUUGAAUGUAUUGAAGGGAGGAUUAUAUGGGCCAAGAUCAGCUCAACUAAAAUGAAUCAGAACUUUAGAAGAAAUCUUCACAUUGAAAUUUGUGUUUGCAUGAUUCAAUAUGAGAACUGCAACUGGAAUAAAGCUGAGACCUACGCCGUAUGAAUCAGUGACGUCAAGCAUUUUUUGCUUAUGUGGCUAUAUUUUAUGAAUAAUCAUUCCAAAAACAAUUUUGUUGAUUUAUGUUGAGCAUAUUAUGUUUUAUUUUGCUUAUGCCAAAAUUUAUUUUUGUGUCAUGUUGGUUUGAUCAAAAAGUAUAGUGCAUAAAAACCCUAAAAAUUGCUAGUCGAAAAUUUCAUUUCUUCAAUGAAACUGUCAUAGACUGCUAUUAUUUAAAAUUAAUGCACUUUUGUUUAUACAGAAUGGCUAAAAUAAAAUCAGGAAGUUAGAAUAUAUUUCCAGCUUUUCUGUGUUUUUUGAAUUUGUCGGUUUUUUAAGCCACUCUGUAUAGAGCUGUUAAAAGUUAGCUAAAUCAAACCACUAGUCUUUCUUGUUUGUGAUCUCUUUAAAACGUUAGUUACUUGUUAUUGCCAUUUUAAGAAGUUGUCUACUUAUAUUUUAAUGCAUACUAUUAACAAUUUCAGUCUUUACUGAAUAUUUUUUAUUUCAAACUUUUAUUAACACUUUGCAUAUAUUAAUGAAUUAUAACUCAAAACUGAAUGUGUUCUUUUGAAACUGUUAUAUAAGAAUUUGGCUGUGCCAUCAUUGUCUAAUGCUCUUACUGCAUUUAUUUGAACAAUAAAUGUUUUAAAAGUAAAA